CUUAUUACUCACUUGUUUAUGUAGUUUGUUCUUUGGGUCGGCUUUAAUAUACCGUCCCAGGAUUUCGGGAAUAAAAUGGGUUGGUCGGAUAGGGGAGAUUCUCCAGAUCAAGAAUAUAUAUAAUUAUAGCCGCAGGAAGCUAAUUGUUUUCGAGAUAUUCGAGUUUAAAGUUGAAAAUUACCACUACAUAUUUUUAUUACGUAUUUUCUCGAUGUACAAUUAAUUUUGCACUUAUAUUUUCCACUUUUUUAUUUACUAACACAUCACUAAUUCGUUUUGUAUUAAUUGUAGGGUUUCGCGGCACUCACCUUCUACUUUUUGAUAAUUGAAAGUUGAAAAUAAAUGCGAAGAAAAAAUAAUAAAUUAUGAAGAUGGGUAUGUAAUGUGUGCGAUGUAGCAGCGUGUGAUGCGGCCUGUUGCAUAUUUGGCACAGACCCCUGGAUUCACAUUCUUGAAGCCUAUGCCUCUGCGAUAAGCAGUUUUGACAGUGCCCAUGUGCCUGGCCAACUUGCUGUCGUUGUAAUGGCCGCAGUUUUGACAGUGCCCAUGUGCUUGGCCAACUUGCUGUCGUUGUAAUGGCCGCAUCCCUCUAAAUAUCCCACAAUGGUCGAAUCCGUGAGGAACGGUGGCCUGUUGCACGUGCUGUUGCCGGUGCUGUUACCGCGGCUGUUGCAACUGCAGCUUGGGUUAGGCCCGGUGCGUUGCACGCUGGUAGCCGACCGAACGCUUGGCGUGGCUAACCCUGGCGUAUCUACGUCCAUGGUAAUCUUUGUAUAAAGGCGAUUCUUAAUGAUAAAUCUGUCAUACAAUUAGAUAUGGGUGAUCGUUAGGGUGGGUCGAUUCCGGACUUUUUUCGUUUCGGGAUUUCUAAUAUGUAGUGCGGGAAAGUUGCCUUAGUACUUCCUGAUUCCAAUGCAACUUUUUGUUUUGAGAUCGGAUUGCAUCUUCAACCCCAACUCCGGCCUUGAAAUUUCGGAAAUUCGCCUAAAAUCGUUAAAUUGUCUACCUAGCGCCUGAAAUACGCAUCUCAAGGCAAAAUGUAUCAAAUAAAAGUUAUUUGUCACGUCAUUUGCUACCGAAAUGGUAUAUGUGAUCAUGGCCGUAGGACGAACCGUUCACGAGAUACGAGCGAACAGGCGGCGCGCCACAGCGCAAGCUGAAAAUCGGCUUGCGGCCACACUUCUUGACGUUGAUUUCGCCGAGUGCUAUCAGUCACAUUCAUUCACCUACGCCAAGGGACACGUUCGGAUAGGUCUCCACACAAAUAUUGUUUCAUCGAGUUCCUUCACUCUUGUCGGUGAUUUCGACGAGUUCUAUCACUUACAUUUAUUUCCCUGCGCCAUACGACACGUUCGGACUGGUCUCCACAUAAAUAUUUUUUCAUCGAGUUCCUUCACUCUUGUUGAUUUCGCCGAGUGCUAUCACUUAUAUUCUCUCAACAGAACACAGAACUCAAAAUGUCUGUAUCUAAAUUUAAAUAUAGACAGAAAUGUCCUGUGUUUGGCAUAUAUCCGUACAAUCUCUCUGAGUCCCAGUUACCGACUUACCAGGAUGUUUUGUGUUAUCAGUUUGAAAGAUUUCGUAUAGGACGACUCCAAGGCGACAACUAUGAACCUAGGAGUAAAGAGGUUACAGAAAUAGUUGCAAAAAAGGUUGAAAUUACUUUCAAAAAGUCAUCUAUUCCGAUAGUUUCACACAUCAGAGUUGUACAAAUGCUCACUACAUACCAUAAGAAAUUUCUGACUCUUAAACAAAUGUUUUUAAGGAACCCAAUAGGUUUGAGCUCUAAAAGAGACGACUUUGGCUCUUCUACCGGAAAAUUAUUUGACAUCGCUGCUUGUAAAUGCAUUUAUUUUUCUUCUUGCACUUGUCCAAAGGAAAGGAAAGUUCCUAUCAAUGAACAACCAUUUCUCUUGGACCAGAGAACCAGAAGAAUUGGUCGCAUUUGAAGUGUUGAUCUACCUGAAACAAAAAAAGAUUACAAAGAAAAAUGAACGUAAAGAAAAGCUUUCAAAACGUCAUUCAACAUCAACACUUACCAGAAAAGUAUCAGCUAGAACACGUGACCAUUCAGAUCAGCCAGACUCUCAUACAGACGACAACAAUGUAGGUGCGUCGCACAUGGAUUCUUCCAAAAACGAUGCUGAUGAUGAAUUUUCUCUUACAUCCUCUAAAACCAAACAAAACACACUAGUAUUAGAACACACUGCUAUAGCUGCCCAAAGAUUUGGAGUAAGUGAUAGAGCAGCGGCCUUGAUUGUUUCAUCUGCUUUUCUGGGUGCCUUGAUUGUUUCAUCUGCUUUUCUGGGUGCCAAAAAAGCAGGUUUGAUAACAGAGGAUCAGGGUAGCUUUGUCACUGACAAAUGCAAGAUUAGUCGGGCAAAAAAAAAUGUUGGAGUUAAGCUCCAAAACACCGAAAGUAUUGACUCUGUAUAUGGGCUGUAUUUUGACGGCCGCAAAGACAAUACACUUACACAAGUCAGCGAAGGUGAAAAGUACUACCGCGGCACUGUCAAAGAGGAACAUAUUUCUCUUAUAGCGGAACCUGGUUGUCAUUAUUUUGGCCACGUCACCUCUCCUUCCGGGUCAGCUGAGGAUGAGACCCAAGCUAUAUGGCAACAUUUACAAGACAAUUCAGUUGAUGUGGAACAUCUAGAAGUUGUCAGUGCUGAUGGCACCAAGACGAACACUGGUUGGAAAGGUGGAAUCAUUCGGAAACUAGAAGAAAUAAUAGGUAGGCCAUUACAGUGGGUUGUUUGUCUUCUACAUUUCAACGAACUUCCAUUUCGUGCUCUUUUCGAACACAUAGAUGGUGUCUCAAAGAGUCCAAAUACAUUCUCUGGCGACAUAGGUAAACUGCUCCCUGAUUGUGAGAAGUUGCCUGUUGUCAAAUUUGAAAGUUUUCCAUCCUGCCAAUUACCUUCUGAGGUUAUUAUUCCGACCCAACUUAGCACAGACCAAGCUUAUCUCUAUAAAAUAUCAGAAGCUAUUAUUUCCGGUGAAUGUUCCUCAGAUUUAGCGUCGAUGCAUCCAGGUAACAUGUGCAAAUCUCGCUGGCUCACCUGUGCAAAUUGAAUUCUGAGAUUAUACAUUUCUACUGACAAACCAACAAAGGAAAUAAAGAUUUUGGUCAAGUACAUACUUACAGUUUACUCACCUUUGUGGUUUUCAAUAAGAUUCAACAGUUCAAUCAAAGAUGGCUCGCGCCAUCUCUAUGCUGCAAUUCAAAGGUCGCGAUACUUACCUGCUAAACUGCGUAAGGUUGUCGAUUCAUUCGUUCCACAGAAUGCUUUCUUUGCUCUUCCAGAAAACAUUCUCUUUAGUAUGAUGACUGACGAACGGAUAGAAGUCAGAAAGUUGGCCCUUGACCUUCUACUGGCAGCCAGAGAAGCAGAGUCUGACACUGUAAAUGGAAGGGUUAGAUGUAAUAAAAUGCCAAAGCUGAAUUUCAAAGCUAAUAAUUAUUACGAUAUGAUUAACUGGAAGACUAUUACCUUGACUGUUCCACCAGUUCUUUGAUCAGUUUCUAACGAAGAACUCAUGAAAGGGCUGUCGGGAGACAACUGCAGAGGUAUGGAAAUUUAGUGUAUUCACCUCUCACACCGUGGCAGGCGAGAGAACCGUCAAACUGGUGACAGAGGCAUCUUCUUAAGUUAUUGGCCCCCGAUCUCGUGAUCGUUUUAUACGCUCUACACUGAAAUCUAGGCAACAGGUGCCAAAGUUUAGUAUAAAAUCUGAUUUUAUCAAUAAAUUUGACACAGAUUCAGACUAAAACAAGCCUGACAUAUGGCUGGUUGGUUGGGUUGGGCUUGGGAGGAACCCGAAGAGCUGCCACCUCCACGCGGUGGGUUUUGGUGACCAAUACAGGUUAGCUGAGAGCUGCAACAAUUUUCACCUUGCGCUGUGGCGCGCCGCCUUUUCGCUCGUAACUCGGGAACGGUUCGACCUACGGCCAUGAUCACAUAUACCAUUUCGGUAGCAAAUGACGUGACAAAUAACUUUUGUUUUAUACAUUUUGCCAUGAGAUGCGUAUUUCAGGUGCUAGGUAGCUAAUUUCACGAUUUUAGGCGAAUUUCCGAAAUUUCAAGGCCGGAGUUGGGGUUGAAGAUGCAAUCCGAUCUCAAAACAAAAAGUUGCAUUGGAAUCAGGAAGUUCUAAGGCAACUUUUCCGCACUAUUAGAAAUCCCGAAUCGAAAAAAGUCAGGAAUCGACCCACCCUAGUGAUCGUGCCACGAUAUGUGGCAUGAAUGUGUCGUCGUAUUGAUCGACCAUUUUUUGUUAGUAUUCUUUGUUAUUUUUUGACGGUUUGUUGUUUUUUAACGGUUGUAUUGGCGUAUUUCUUGUUUUGAUCGUUUUCAUUUGAUUGGUUUAUUGUGUCGCGAUAAUAUCGGUUGGUUUUUUGCGGUUUUCGGAUUCGCGAUCAUCGGAGGUUGGCAGAAAGCGGUCUGGUUAGCGUUCCGUUUUGCGUACGGAGAUCAAUGACUCGUAUGUGACCGUCGGAGCCGUAAUGUAGCUUUUCUAUGCGGCCAAGCCGCCUUUCGUUAGGGGGAAGGCAGUCAUCAUGGAUGAGGACGCAAUCUCCAAGUUUUGGCGCUUGUUCAGGAGUCUUCAAACGAUAUCUUUUGUGAAGAUCCUUUAUGUAUUCUUCUUUCCAUCGACGGUUGAAGUUAUGCUGGAGAAUUUUAAUUCUUUCCCAUCGAUUUAAUAGCGAUAGCGACUCUACGCCUUGUUCAGGAAUGGCCAGAAUGGGUGCUCCCUUUAGAAAAUACUAUGGAGUUAAAGCGGUGAAAUCUGAUGAGUCUUGCGAGAGUAUUAUGAGUGGCCGUGAAAUCAACAAUUGACUAGAUAUUCAGGAUGCGCCAAAUCUUCGAAAAGAUCGGUGAAAAAAGAUCGACACACACUACCUUUUCGUUGAAAACUACGAAUGCCACGUCGGUAGCAAUUAUAAGGAAUAAAAUUGUCAGUUCGGCCGAUCAAGGUUUCAAUACCGUCAAAAAUUUUAAGGCGAUUAUUUCGCGGUUAGAUUUUACACAUACUGACAAGCAACCAGUCUAUUUGAUUGAAGAAGAAAUGUUAACUCUUUGGCAAGGAAGACUUUCAAUAUCUGAGAUUUACGACGAGGUUGAAAAUAAAUUGACUUUGAUAAUAAAUAAAACGAUUAUUUUUAAAAAGAACUGAUAGGGUCACUUUGCCAGAAAUAUAGGCAUGAUGUUUGUUUCUGGCUUGCGGAGGCCAAUGAGCGACAUCAUGUUUUCGUCGCAACCCAAAGAUAUUCCUAGUGCCUUGACAUGAGCACAAGAAACGAAGCAAAUCACGCUCCAUAUUCUUUUGCAAACUCCUUCUAUAGUAGAAUGGAUGCAGCUCAUUUAGGAAAAACUGCUGGAAGGAUAAUUGCUCCACACCACUCACCUCAUUACAAACAAGUGGAUAAAAAAUAUUUAGACGCCUAUGGAGGUUGGUCCUAAUGUAUCGCACUACAGGCAAGUAGGGAAUUAUAACCCCGAUCGGAGAGCUGAGCGGGAUUUUCAAAGAACCCGAAUGGCAUCCCAAAACUUUAGUCAAAGGCCGGCGGCCUAUAGUAAUCCACACUCAGGAAAGGGAAUUAAUAAAAAGAAGAAAAAGAAUAUGGCAAAAAUACAGAGGGUUAAUCACUUAAGCCAAGAUUCGGUUUAAAAUUUUGAUGAUAAUGCAUCACAAUGUGACAGGGGCGGGAAAAAAGUUUAUUAAACCCAACGACAAUUUAAAAGGUGUAAGAAAUAUAGACAACUCAUUUAAAGUAGGAUACACCCAUUGUACUGCCAUGAUAAAUAAAAGGUGUUUUAAUAAUGUGAUUAGAAGGACUUCUCCUUUUUGUCUUCUUUUCGAACUUAAAACCUUUGAUGGGAUUAUUGGGUUUGAUUUCUUAAAGUACGUUGACGCAAAAGAGAUUUAAAAAUAGGAAUCCUUUACUACAAGGGUGGUGCAGAGAAAUUGUCUUAUUAUGACUGUAAAAACGUCAAUGAUAUAGUGACAAGUGGGAAAUAUUUCUUUUAUGUAUAUUGGAAAUACAUUCAUAAGUUUUCGCAAACCCAGAUGAGGCUUUGCCGUUUUACACUAAUGUGGUAGCCACCAUUAUGACAGUUGAUAAUGAACCGAUUUAUUCAAAGUCAUAACCUUACUCGAUAGCCGCUUCAGAAUUUAUAAAUCAGGAAACUAAAAAUUUACUUCCAGAUGGAAUAAUUCGUUCUUCUCGAUCACUAUAUAGUAAUUCUAUGGGGGUUGUCGACAAACAAUGAAUAGACGAGAGUGGGAGAAAGAAGAUGCAGAUGGUAAUUGAUUUUUGGAAACUGAAUGUCAAAACAGUUUCUAACAGAUAUCUCCCUCCAGAUACUUCGGUUAUUUUAACUAACAUGGGGAAAUCGCAUUAUUCACUACACUCGAUUUAAACUUUUGUCUGUCAACGACAGGCGAAAUACUACACAGUGUGAAGUAUGAAUUUUGUAGACUCCUUUUCGGACUAAAAAAUGCGUCUAAAAUUUUCAAAAGGGCAAUAUUGUGAUGAUGUUCUUAAAGAUGAAAUAGGAAAAUGCUGUCUUGUAGCAAUGAGGAGUAUCAUUACAGAGACAUCGAAAAAAUUUAACAAAACUUAAAUUUCUUAGGGAACAAGUGGAGUUUCUAGGAUUUAUUGUUUCGAAGGAAGGGAUAAAAAAAUGCCCUAAUAAAGUCAAUGACAUUCUGAAUUAUAGAACACCUAGCACUUCGUGAUUUACAAUAAUUUUUGGGGCUAUCUGGUUAAUAUAGAAAGUUUAUUAAAGAUUAUGCCUCUAUAGUUAAGCCUCUCAUAAGAUACUUAAGGGGAGGUAACGUUCAUGUGGGAACCAAACAAUCAAAAAAAUAUUAGAAUUGAGUUGGACAACAACGCGUUGACAGCUUUCGAAAAAGUUAAAAGAAUUUUAUCCUCUGAGGACAUACUUCUGCUAUAUCAUUUGACCUUCGCUGUCUCGGACAAGCAACCAAACACAAAAAUAAAGCGCUGGCGAGCAUUUGUGGAAGACUUUUCACAUAAUUUAAUUAAAUGAUUAAUGAAAUAGAGCAGGAUUUGUCAUCUUUUACACUGCAUAGUGAAGAAUCUCUAACAAAAGUUAUUCCAAAAGUGAAAAAUCCUGUUAAUCAUUUCGAAAUCAGACAAUUCUUGAAGAAGGAAAUAUCAUAACCAAGAAGGCAAAAAUUAUUUUCAAGUCAAGGAUAAGGCAUCAAAUUGCAUUUAAAUUUUCGGGAUUUACUAGAAAUGAAUGGUGAAUGUGUUAAUCAUGAUAUUGUUAACAAUAUUCAUUGCAGUUUGCCUAUUUUGUGCAAAAUUCAGGAUGAGAUUGUCAAUCGAAUUUCGUCACACAAUGAAACAAGCUAAUGAUGUUUUUAACGAAGAAGAUCAACACGAAAUACUGGGAAUGGGACACAGUAUGGCACACCGCUCUAUCCGAGAGAAUAUUAAACAGUUAUUGAACCACUACUGUUUCCAAAUAAGUGAAAGAAAUGAAAGAGGCGGGUCUCCGGAUCGCAUCUUGACAGCAAUAAAUGGCCGAGUCGAUGAUACAUCUUUGGUCACAUCGUCCUUCUCUUCCGUCGGGCGCGGGCGCAAAACAGCGAUAUGUUGAAGAACCUCGCUUUGAUGCGAAUUAUUGAUAGACGUUCAUCCAGAGUAGAGCAGUUAUAACAGAUCUGGAUAAUAUCAUUUACUCCAUAAUUUUGGGUAAAUUGAAUGUUAUAAAUGUCAUAAUUUUGGAUACAGACGAAUUUUCAAUAUUCAAAUAUUGAUCACACUUUAAAUGUAAGCCUAAGUAAUAUUGUAAGUAAUUCUAUUUCAUACUUUAGCUUAGUCCGCAAGCACACGUCGAUAAAAUAAUUUUUGGAGAUCGAUAAUUUCAGUUACAAACUGCACGGCAGCGCUAUCUGCAAGUUUUUUUUUAAUAAAAACGGAUUCUACAUGUGUGAGACAACUAUUCAACAAUAAUAAGGCGGCAUGCAAAACUACCUACAAUAACCUUGAUCAUAUUAUCGAAGUUGACAAUGGCUUAAUUAUCAUAAACGACGAAACAGUCGAAGUUGGGGAAGAAGAAAAAUCAUGGGUUGCAAUAUCCGCUACUUAUUUAGUGACAUUUGAAGGAGAUAUUUGUAUUAAUGGUAGGACUUUUUUUUAACGAAAAAGUGAAGGCAACGGUCCGAUAUGGGAUUCCUUCAGCACAGUUUAACUUGACCGAACAUUUGGAAAUUUUAAGCCUACCUUAUUUGCGCAAAUUUAAUUUGAAGAACCUUGGAUACAUUAAAAACCUACAUGAAAUAGUUCAUAACCGCAUUGCCCAAUGCAUGUUAGUUAGAGGAAGCGGUAGCCGAGAUCAUGAGAGCGGCCGCCGUCCUCUUGAUUUAGAAGGGGGACAGUUAACACAUUAGUCUGCCCACUGUAACGUUCCUAGAACUACUCCACGCCAGCCAUUAAGCGCGGGAAUAGUCCGAGUCAACGUUUUCCCACCAACUUGCAAAUUCUUCGCUACAACAGCAAGCUCAUAUUUCAACGCAGCAACAGCAAAAUACCUGUUGUCUAUACAAUAACAACAAUCGCCAAAUUGGAUAAAGUUACGCUACAACAACAAACAACAUCAGGUGCAGUAGCGGCAGUAACGCUAAAAUUGUGCCAAGAGUAAGGAAUAGCAAGCAGGGCAUACAAAAUAAACAGGACUUUAAAUAAAAAACGGAACGAACGGUUUUUUCGGCAAAAUCAAUUUAUUUUAUUCAAAAUAGUCUCCUGCUCAAUACGGCUUUUUGCACGGUCCAAAAGCAUGUCGGUGCAAGCCUUUUGAAUGGCCUCUACGUCUGCAUAACGAUUUCCUUUCAUGGGCAAGUGCAUUUUUCCGAAAGGAAGAAGUCGCACGAUGCAAUAUCAGAUGAAUACGGGGAAUGGUUAAUGGUUAAAAUGUGAUUUUUGGUCAAAUAAUCUUACUUCGAAUGUUGGAUUCUGAGCAAUUUUUGGUCGUCAGUCAAUUUGUGCGGAACAAACCGUGCACACACCCAGUGGCGUAGCUUGGUGGGGCGAAGGGGCCGUCGUCCGGGCGCAACGUCUUGGGGGGCGGCAAAACGAUCAUCACUGUUUUUUAAAACUCCAAUUCGGGUAAAAAUUUCUGCAAAUUGUGUCAAAAGUGUACAAGAUGUAGGGCGAAAAUGGGUUUUUUCUAUGGCUUUUAAUAAGAUAUCUUGUAAAUUUACUAUCAAUUUCCUCAAAAAUCGUUUUGUGAGAAUUUUGGAACUUCAGAAUUUGCGUGGCUUCUAGUUCCUAAAUUUUAUAUACUUAAUAUCGAAGAUAUUUUGUUAAAAAUCACUUUUGUUCGAACCACCUCAUGAAACUUGUAGGUAGGUAGAUAAAGGGGGGUGACAGAACAUUUGUUCUGUUGUAGCUACGCCACUGCACACACGUUUCGUAAGCCCAAAUGUUCGGUCAAAAUGCGAUAAAUCGAUGUUUUGGAGAUGUUCAAUUCCAUUUCCAUGAAUUUCAAUGAUGAUUUCUCCUGAUUUUUGAUGAAUUCACACACAGUUUCGAUGGAAUUUCCGGUGAUCACGGAUUUUGAUUGGCCCACAUGUUGAUCGCCGUUUAUGUCCUCACGAUCACUUUCAAAUCGUUGAAACCACUCGUGCACUCUGCUACACUAUAGACAAUCCUCGCCAUAAACUUGUUUCAUCAAUUGAAACGUUUCGGUAAAAGUUUUACCAGUUUUAAAACAAAAUUUAAUGUUGGCUCUUUGUUCGAAGCUCAUUUUCGCACUGAUAACAAACAUACUGACACUUAAAAUGCAAUAACUUCACUUCCAAACAAUGAAAUGUCAUGAAAUUCUCACUGGACGAUCGAUAAAGAUAGCAAAUUCCAACGCACCGACAUAUAUGUAUGCACAUAGAUGGCGCCACCAGGGGGAGCUAGAUUCAAAAAGUCCUGUUUAUUUUAGUGUUUUUGUAGUUCGUAAUACAAAAAAUAGCUUUUCAUGGAAAACAAAAAUGGCUUUUCUUUGCGAAUAUAUUUCUUAAAUACGGACUGUAAUUUUAUUCGGACCUUUUGUACAUUAUUAAGAAUACUUUUGACAAUGUACCAUAAUUUUUUUUUAUCCACGUUUUUCUCAAAACUACUAUUUCAAAGUCCGUGUUCACAGUCAUUUCAGAACUAUUUGACAGAUUCAUUUCAAACUUUGUACACAUUUUCGACAUAUAAAAUACCUCCUCCCACCGUUUAGUAAAUUUUUUUAAGGGGGUUUUCCACCCAAAAAUGGAGGAAUUUUUUAGUGGAAAAUAGCAGUUUUCACUUUAAAUGGCCGCCUAAAAUUUUUAAAUGAAAAAAAUUAUCAGAGAACGAUGGGGGGAAGAUUAGAUCAUUAAUUGAUUAAUUUUCCUUCGUUUUUUAUUUUCGGAUAAUAUCCAGCCGAGCUGUGGUGAACACCGCAUAUUAUUUUUUUCUCAAGACGUUCUGGGAGAAGCUCUGUUACCGGCUUAUGCUUCAAUAUUUCUGCAUGAAAAAAUUACCCUAGAUUUUCAAAAGUAUAGUCAAUAAUGUACAUAAAGUCCGAAUAAAAUUACUUAAUACAUAUUUAAGAAAUAAAUUUGCAAAAAAAUUAUUUUUUCUAUAUGAACAAAAUUUGGAGUUAGAGACUUCGAGUUAUAGAAGUUUUCAGUUUUCAUAAAAACAUACAAUUUUCAAAAAGCUGUAAAAUAUAAAUUUAUGCAUAUACAGCUUUAUUUAUUUACUUUGCAUAAAGUUUUUUGCUUAUGUACAGUUGCGGUCAAACUCUUAUUAGUGCUAGGCAUUCAUUUCAUAGCCAUAUGUGAUCAUACUUAUGUACAUGCGUGAAAGAAGUGUUUGAAAAAUUAAAAUUAUCUAAUUUUUUUUUUUUGUGAAAAUAACGGUGAAAUUCAUUUAUUUAAUUGAAGUUUUUGGUUUUAAUGUUAAAAUUUUACUUGUUGCUCACCCUCAGUGGUACGUAAUGCUAUCAGGUACCAAUCAAGUAAUAAAAAACGUGGAGUCAAUAAGAAAAGUCAGUUCCAUUGAAGGCAAAACUUAUGUCGAAGUCAAAAAUAUUCUUAGUUGCUCAUCCUCAAUGGUACGUAAUGCUAUCAGGUACCAAUCAAGUAAUAAAAAACGUGGAGUCAAUAAGAAAAGUCAGUUCCAUUGUCAGGUACCCAAGGCAGAUUCCAUUUGCGGCUGCUACAGAGGUAAAAUACGCCUUUAAUGUAAUUAGAAGGUUUUAAAGGCAAAAAAAGAUAUAUGAUGUGUUUAUUUGCGGCGACAUGAGUAAUAUAAUUUUAUUAAAUUUAAUGACUUAUUAUUGUACAACUUUUGAAGUAUAUUAGCAAAAUUUUCAAUGAAAAAUAUUAAUAAAUAAGCCUGUGACGGUGAAUUACCAGAAGCGCCUUGAUAAAAGUGGUUUAGCGGUGAACAUUACGGGAUCAUCUUAAACCAAAAAAAUGGUAUGCGUUUUAAAGGUGAGAUAUUUCUCGAGGUAGUCAGAAAGAGUUUUUUUUUCUAUUUUUUGCAGCACUUGGAAGUACAAAGCACGAUUUUAGUUAAAAAAAAUCGCCGUUAAUUUGUUAAUAAAAAAUAGAAAAAAAAAUGGAAAAAACUCCAUCUGAAUACCUGUUGAUUUAUGUGAAGAAGUAAUGUUCAGAUUUUCAAAAGGAUCGGUUCAGUAGAUUUUGAGUUCUAAUGUUCACGAAAAAUAACGUUUUCGGGAAAAUCGAUUUGAAGUUUCAAAGUCAGGUAUCACGGCCGGUCAUUUAAAACGCUGUAGCUCCGUUAGUUUGACUAUAAUUGACUCAAAAUUUGUACACAAUAUUCUCGACAUAUUGGUCGUUUAGAAAAAAAAAAAUAAAAAAAAUUUAAAACCUUAGCAGAUAUAAAAUUAAUAUAGAUCUCACAUAUAUCGUUGUUAAUUAGUUGCUCGCAACUGUAUGUGUAAAUCAAUUGCUACAUAUUUUAUUAAU